AUGCGAAAGCCGGUCGUCAUGAGGAACGACCACAACACGGUCUUUCUGACAGAGGUCAAAACAAAAGAUCUGCGAUGCAAGUCGUACGAACACGGACAGAAAGAAGGGCAGACGUCGACCGACGGAACACUUCUGGGCUCGUAUUUGGGAGCCCGCGCGCUAGUGGCAACACAUCCUUGGCGGACUUUCGGGCCCAAAAAAUGGGUUCAAUUCUGGAUUCACGUAGCAUGCUUUUCUUCUCCUGGGUAUCAACAGCCAGCACCCAGAGUGGUCGAGAAUUUUGGUGCGUUAGAUUUCUUGGGUUGCGUGGCUUCUGUAAUUAUCCAGGUCAUGGAAGCACUCCGCCCCGUUAAGCAUACAGUGCUGUGUGGCAACAUCGUAUUCGUCGCCUUGACGACAGACGGGCGACUUUUGAGCGGAAAGCACUUUGGUAUCGAGGAAGAAAUGGGGUUGGGGUUGUGCAGUCACCGUAGUCCUGAUAGAAAGCGGGGGCUCAUCAUGCGUUAA